ACAACCACAAUAGUCUGAUAAAUUACCGAGGAGAAGGUUAAACUUUUUUACAUUUAGGUCCCUUAUGCGAAGUGCGCGGGAAGUCAAAGAGGAGGAAACUUCCAGGAAGAUGCGAUGAUAACCAUACGAAUAGGAUUACGACUCCAUGUAGAAGAAGAGGAGGAAGCAGGUAAACGCGAGACCGCCCACCAUUUGUCGUUGUCAUUGUCGUUGCAUUAUUCAUCGACUACAAAACGAAGUCAAGCGGACUGAUGGGUUUGGAAGAUUUGCCCUGUUCUUUUUCUUCUUCUUCGCCUAAUCCGACGAUUCCUUUCGGGAUUCCUUUCGCUGCCGAUAACAUCACUUCCAUUAGAUUCCUGUUUGAUCGGAUGCACCUCUCAGUUCCGGCGCCAUGAAGAAGUCCGAGUUCUUUAACAUCAUCAAGAGUGCGGCAUGUCUCAAGUCAUCUGCUGAUACUGGGAAAGGACAGAGUAAGCUGUCGAGUACUAAAGUAUCACAUGGAUUCCAUUUGGUGAAAGGGAAAUCAGGUCACGACAUGGAAGACUACCAUGUGGCUCAAUAUAGCUAUGAGAACAAUCAUGAGCUAGGUCUAUUUGCUAUUUUUGAUGGCCAUAUGGGAGAUAGUGUACCGAGUUACUUGAAAGCCAACCUUUUCAACAAUAUACUCGAAGAGCCUUUGUUCUGGAAAGAUCCUCAAUCAGCAAUAAUGAAUGCUUACUGCUCCACAAAUAAAUCUAUUCUUGAAAAUUCAAAACAGCUGGGGCCUGGGGGUUCAACUGCAGUGACAGCAAUUGUAAUUGAUGGCAAAGACUUGUGGAUAGCAAACAUAGGUGACUCCAGAGCUGUCCUGUGUGAAAGAGGUGCUGCUAAUCAACUGACUGUUGAUCAUGAGCCCCAUGUUGAGCGAAGUAGGAUUGAAAAGCAAGGAGGUUUUGUGACGACUUUUCCGGGUGAUGUUCCUCGAGUCAAUGGCCAACUUGCAGUUGCAAGGGCUUUUGGUGAUCAAAGCCUCCAGGCACAUUUAAGUUCAGAACCCGAUGUAAGACGCGUGCCAAUAGACUUCACAAUGGAGUUUGUUAUACUUGCAAGUGAUGGACUGUGGAAGGUACUGAAGAACCAGGAAGCUGUUGACCUUAUAAAAUCCAUAAAGGAUCCCCGGGCUGCAGCAAAACGUUUGACGACAGAGGCCUUGGCGAGGAAAAGCAAAGAUGACAUUUCCUGCAUCGUGAUUCGUUUCCAAUGCUGAAGCCCGUGACGCCAUUUUCUGGACAUAGAAUUUACUUGGAAUUGGUUCGCUCGAAGCUCUUACAUGCAUGCAAACUAAGUUGAUUCAGUUUACAUGCAUGCAAAAUAAGCUCUUAUAUAUAUAUAUAUAUAGUGUGUGUGUGGGCGCGCGCGCUUGUGUUUUCGCACAUGAGUAAUUGUUAUAAAAUUUGGACUAAACAUGGGAUUUGAAAGCACUGGUUUUUCUUUUCUUUUUUGGUAUAUGUGGAUAUAUUGUUGUAAUAGUUUUGGAUUACAAAAAAGCUGGAUCAAGUUAAAUUUAAUCUAAAAGCCUUUCUCCGUGAA